CCGGAACAUCCGGAUACGACGCCACGAUGGCCGAUGCGCAGCCGCGCCGGUCCAAGGCAACGUUCGUGCUGCUGCUGCGCGACGCGCUGGCGACCGUCGGCAUCGAGUACCUCACGCCUGAGGACAUCCGGCGGGCUAAGACGAGCAGCGUGAGCGCGACCGAGUUUGACGACAGCCACGCGCUCCUGUGCAUUCCGUUCUGGCGCGCACUGCACGAUCUCUGCCUCGUCAUCCUCGCCGACUUUAGCGUGGAUAGAAUGGCUGUCGCAGCGCAGUCCCAAGCGCUCUUUGAUGAGCCUGACGGGUUUGAUGUCUGCGUCGAGGCCGCACGCUAUUAUCUCUACGAGUGGGGCUUUCUCUGCCACGAGUUCUACACGACGCAAAGUCCGUUGACGCUACCAGGCCCGAUCCUCUUGGCCGCGAUCGUCUUCCUCUUUGGCCAAAGUCACUUGUUUUCGCGCCAAGCGACGGCGAUCGUGCGGCGGCAGCUUGGAUACGACCAUAUUCACUUGCCUCCGUACCCCAACGUACCGCCAUUGCAUCCAUCGACCGUCCGGGAUGCGUUUGCGGUGGCGGCGCGACGCACCUCGCAGCGUCGCCCACCGUGCUCGACGUCGGCACCGCUGCUGCACACGGUCCACGCCACUCACUUUGCGUACGGCAAAUUGCAGUCGCAACUCAAGGAGUGGCAUGCGCUGCAAAAAGCGCACAAAACACUCCUCGCUCGGAUUCGAGAGUCGCAGCUCGCCCAGCUGGGCACGAGCAAAGUGUUGAUGGACGAUGACGGCAUUGCAGCGAGUGUGCUCAGCCCAUACGAGCUCUGGCUCUUACGCCACCCAGAGGAGCUGAGGCUGCACCGCAUCGCGCUCGACCAACGGUACGUCUUGCUAUCUCAGACGUUUGUCGCCCUACGGCUAUGUAUGAGGCUACAAAAUUACGCGGAUGAAAAGCUAUUUUACCAGUGGGCGAUCGCUGCCGUGACCCAAGGACUCAAGGUGCUUCCGCCCGUCGGCAAGCGUGAAGAGCCGACACCGUCUCAGGCGUUCGAGGCCGUAGUGGCGUCGGCCUCCGUGGCCAAUGCUGCGUUCAAAGCCCGGCUGCCAUCGUACAAAACCGUGUGCUUGCACUGGAAAAGCAGUGUCUCGGCCAAGGAAAAAGCCAAAUACAAAGCUAAGAUCGAGGCAGCCACUGCUAAAAUGACGGACGAGCUGCCAGUGCUGAGCCUCCUCUUCACGCCCAUCAAGCCCAAGCCGAUCCAAGCUGCUUGCGCUCUUCGAUCAGAGCCCCAUUCACCUUACAAGCUCCAGACAGACGUACCAAAGCGAUACCUGCAAGGCGAAGUGCAGCGACUUGUAUCCUUGCUGGAGAAAAAGUGGCGCGUCCAGCUGGUCUAAUCUAAUAACGAGCGCCCAGAGAUCAUGCAA